AUCUACCUGAAGCUUCUCGACAAAAGGCCCAGGCUGAGUGUGACGUCCAACGUCCCGGACCCACGAACCAGCCGAGAAAGACCUGGAAACAUACCGUCGCAAGCCUACAGAUGCCAUCAUGAGCACAGAAAUGCCACAUCGUGUGGUACCUCCUAGUCGAAGACGGGAUAAGCCAAUCUUGUCGUGCAACCUGUGUCGACGACGCAAACUAAAGUGUGACCGACAGCAGCCAUGCAAAACAUGCGUAGAUCGGGGGUUGUCGCUCUCAUGCACGUACACCCGCAACGUUCCGCCUGCGCAUGAGCCUAAACCUCACAAUGUUCAUGAUAGGAUCGACCAGCUUGAGAAGCUUGUUACCUCACUGAUGAGUGCAAAGUCAGCAAAUGGAGAUGAUCCUAUGAAAGCAACUGAACACCGAUCCAAUCAUGAUUCGUAUCCCAUUUCGGGAAGUUCCACGCAUACACCCUACGAGCAAAGUCCCAGUGCGGAUAGCACAGAGCCCGAAGUUGCAGGUGUUCACGAGACUAUGAAGUUAGACCAGGAAGGAACUAGAUAUCAGAAUAGUAGCCAUUGGUCUAGUAUCCUGGAUGGGAUUUCUGAAUUGAGAGAGCAAUUGGAUCAAAUUCCAACAACGCCUCGACCUCAAAACCCUGUAUUGUCCGAGAUCCCCGGCCCUGACCUAUUUUUCGGACAACAGCGACAUGCAAGCCGCAAUGAGAUAUUAGCGGCAAUUCCCCCAAAGGCCGAAUGUGACGUUCUCCUGGAGACUUACUUUGCUUCGAUGGAGUUGGCUCCAAAUUUGAUCCACAGACAGACAUUUGAAAGAGAGUAUGCCGAGUUUUGGGAACGUCCAACAGAAAUGCCCCCUAUGUGGCUUGCGCUUCUAUUCACAGUAUUUGUCCUUGCCGUUCGCUUUCAAUGGGUCCUUGAUGCAAGUGGCAUGCAAGUGCACGAACUUGCAGAUGCUCCGGUACGCUCGGUGCGUAUGGAUUUCUAUCGCGAAAAAGUUGUCCAAUGCCUUAUCUUGGGGAAUUACGGGAAAUGUCCCCCGUACACCAUCGAGGCCCUUUUACAGUAUUUCGUGACUGAAUACUUCAGGUCACAAGACAGCCAAUUCGGAACAUGGAUGCUUGUUGGUGUAAUUGUUCGAGUUGCCUUCCGAAUGGGUUAUCACAGAGAUCCAUCCAGAUUUUCGAACAUCUCUGUCUUCAAGGCGGAAAUGCGACGAAGAAUAUGGGUCAUGAUCUUACAAGUCGACUUGAUGUCAUCAUCGCAGAUGGGCUUACCACGGAUGAUCCAAAGCAACAUGCACGACGUAAUGGAGCCUCGUAAUCUGGAAGAAGAUGAUUUAUAUGAAGGCAUGGAAGUACUUCCUCCCUCGCGUCCGGUCACAGAAAGUACGCCAAUGCUUCACGCGCUGUUGAGAAAUAAAUUACUUCAAGUCUUCUCCCGCAUUCUUGAUCUCACAAGUUUGAGCUCCCAGCCAUCGUACCAAGAUAUCAUAGAAACAGAUGCUUCGUUGCACGCCGUGUACGAGGAUAUGCCAUCGUCGAUGAAGCCAUUCCGGUUCCAUGACGCCAAUCCAGAAGACCCAGAUAUAGCCAAACGCCGCCGCUUUCUCGGGCUGAACUUCUUGAAGGCGACUUUGAUGCUCCAUAGGCCAUAUCAUUUGGCUGGUCGAACGGAUCCGAAGUAUGCACGAUCGCGCAUGCUAUGUGUGGACUCGGCACUAGAAAUAUUGGAACUUCAACAGCUCAUAGAUCGCGAGGCAAAGCAAUCGACCGACAGAUUAUGGAAAUCGAAGUGGCAUCUUUGGACAAUCAGCUGGAGACUUUCUGCGAUUGUCAACCAGGACUUUCUCCUCGCCACCACCAUACUGUCACUUGAUCUCGACACAGACAUAGCAAAUCCUAUGCCAGACCCUGAUCCAAAUAGCCCUCCUAGGCAGCGCUUCAAGACGGGGCAGCCUUCUCGGGCAGAGGUAAUUGAUGCUUUGAAAGGCGCUUACAGCAUAUGGCUUAGAUCCAGUGCAACCUCAAGGGAGGCCCAAAGAGUUGCUGCGGCCGUGAGACUUGUCCUCGGAAAAGCAGGCACCUCCGUAGAGCCCGAUCCCAAUCUAGUUGACUAUGGUACACCAAUUUCACAAUUUGAUUUCAAUAACUUCGCAACUCAGUCAACCUCGAAUUACAAUCAACCAACGGAGCCAAAUACGUCAUUUUACGGUUGGGAAAAUGCAAAUUUCAAUCCACCACUAUUCGAUGGGGAUAUCGACAUUCAUGGAUUCGAUUGGCGCGGCUUGGAGAUGGACUUUACUCCGUUUGAGAAUAAAAGCCAAGUGUUUGGUCCGCCAUUAGAGAGACAAAUGUAGAUAUAUCCCUUAUUGUAUUAUAGCCACAAUGUAUCCAUGACAAUUCUGC